UUUAUAGGAUGAGUCUGGCGACAGUACCGCUGUGAGGUUCGCUCUCCUUUCCGCUCUCUUUCUUCUUUUCCUAUUCGUCUUUCUCCUCCUUGGAGCUCUGCAGAGGGAUGGCGGAAGCCACAGUGCCGGCAGAUCGACCGGUGAGAAGGCGCCGGAUAAAUUUGUACGCUUAUGCUUGCGCAUUUCUGGCUUCUAUGACCUCUGUGCUUCUUGGCUACGACAUUGGAGUGAUGAGCGGAGCGAUUAUAUUCAUCAAGAAGGACCUCAAGAUCACCGACGUCCAGGUGGAGAUAAUUGCCGGCAUCCUCAACGUCUUCUCGCUGAUAGGAGCACUGGCUGCUGGCCGGACGUCUGACUGGAUCGGCCGCCGGUACACGAUCGUGCUUGCUGGGGCUAUCUUUUUCGUCGGUGCAGUGGUGAUGGGGCUCGCUCCAUCUUACGCCUGGCUCAUGGUGGGUCGAUUCGUCGCCGGCGUAGGCGUCGGCUACGCCCUCAUGAUCGCACCCGUCUACACCGCCGAAUUGGCGCCUGCCUCCACCAGAGGCUUCCUUACCUCGUUCCCGGAGGUCUUCAUCAACGCCGGUAUCCUCUUCGGUUACGUCUCCAACUACGCCUUCGCCAAGCUGCCGCUCCGGGUAGGUUGGCGGCUUAUGCUCGGCGUGGGGGCUCUCCCUUCCGUCCUCAUCGCCCUCGGCGUCCUCGCCAUGCCCGAGUCACCGAGGUGGCUCGUCAUGCAGGGCCGGUUAGAUGACGCGAAGCGGGUGUUGGAACGGACGUCCGACACGCGGGAGGAGGCGGAGGUUCGGCUGGCGGACAUCAAGGCGGUGGCUGGUGUGGUAGAGGAGGGCGGAGUGGUGGUGUCGGUGCCGAAGAAGCACCACGGGGAGGGCGUGUGGAUGGAGCUCUUUAUCCGGCCUGCUCCCCACGUUCGCCGGAUCUUGCUUGCUGCCGUGGGGAUCCAUUUCUUCCAGCAGGCGUCGGGGAUAGACUCGGUGGUGCUCUACAGCCCGCGCGUCUUCGACAAGGCCGGGUUCAGCAAGUCGGCGUCUCUGCUGGCCACCGUCGCCGUGGGCUUCACCAAGACGACCUUCAUCCUGGUGGCGACCUUCACGCUGGACCGGUUCGGCAGGCGGCCGCUGCUGCUGACGAGCUAUGCCGCCAUGAUCUUGACGCUCUGCGGGCUGGGUUGGAGUCUGACGGUCAUCGGCAACCACCACUCCGGCCGGGUGGAGUGGGCCGUCGGGCUGGCCGUCGCCUCGAUCCUGGGAUACGUGGCAACGUUCUCCAUCGGUGCGGGGCCCAUCACGUGGGUGUACACGUCGGAGAUAUUCCCGCUGCGGCUGAGGGCGCAGGGCGCCAGCAUCGGCGUCGUGGUGAACCGGGUGACGAGCGGCGCCAUCUCCAUGUCGUUCCUCUCUCUCUCCAAGGCCGUUACCAUCGGCGGCGCCUUUUUCAUCUACGCGGGCGUCGCUGUGGCCGCUUGGGUGUUCUUCUGCACCUACCUGCCGGAGACGAAGGGGAAGACGCUGGAGCAGGCGGAGAAGCUCUUCCACGGGAAGGAGGAGGCUGCGGCUGCCGGAGAGGUGCAGCUGCAGGAGCAUGGGAAGGACGGGGCGUGAUUCCCAUGCUCCGACUUGGUGGGGCCGGUGAAUGGUCAGCAAAGGAGGCGGCUCUCUGGUGUUUGUCCCAUAGACCGAUACUGACGUGAUCUUCGAAAGAUUCCAUGUCUUUGGUGGGGGGAAUAGGAGGCGUAUAGGAGGGGAAAAGAGCAAGGCCGGCCCACCCAAUUGACUGGUGACUGGUCAUGUGAGGGUGGUGGCUGCCAUUUCUAAAUGUGUAUCAUCGCUCAAUAAUUUGCUUAGUUCGGGCCCUCUGCAAAGACAGUUGUCUGCCAGGUGCCAAACUAUCCAUGGCCAUGAAUGCUUCUUAGCUGUUAACUUAUAUAUAUGAAAAUUAUGCGUCCUUUUUUUGUGGAA